GGACUGCACAGCAUAGUAAAGCAGUUAACCUCCUCCCAUACUCUGUGGGGUGACCUUGAUUAUGGAUCACAAUGGAAUGAGGAAACAGUCUCAUUGACUUUGAAAGAGGGUUCAUUACAGGGGCAUGGCAGCAGGAGCUUCAGUCACAACGACUGCUCGACUGGAUGUAUUUCAACAGGAAGUGACAUCUGCCUAUAGAUCGAUAGGAAAGACAGUAAUUAGGGUUGGAAUUUGUGUUUGAAACGAUGACUGUGAUGCUCGUACAUUAGUGUGAUAUGUAAAGUAGAACAGAAUAGCAGCUGUCUUUCAGGUUACUGAGCAUGCCAGUACAGAAACAUGAUCAGACUGCAAGAAUCAGUGAUCAGUCAGCAAUAAUAAUUUGUCCAGAGAGGGAUAUUAUAGUAGUGUUGUAGUGAAUAAACCCCUCAUUACAAAGGCAUACAAAUAGACAUUUGAGAGUUCUUGUCUACAGAGAUGCGGGGAUAAAACCGAUAUGAUCAGACGAGUCGUCAUUCUCAGCAUGUGCAUGUGUAUGAUCCAGCACUGAAUGUUUGACCCCUGCAGUGAGUGAGUGUCCCCUUACAGUGAAAAUCAAAUCAAUACCAAGUUAUUCUGACUGAUCACGCUGAAACAUUUCCAUCCUGAUGAGAGCGGUCUCUAUGAGGAUGACUCCGCCCUCCUAUGCCCCAUCCACAGGGAACAAGGGCUCACUGAAUGCUUUCAUGAAGCUGUAAAUGAUGUAAAUCAAAUGCUAUGGCUUUCACAGUCAACAAGUCACAGUUCAAACUUAUUGGACACUUGUGGGAGAUUUUAUACUGAUGUGUUAGAAAGCACUCUCCACCACCGUCAUCAAAGCACCAAUCGAGGGAAUAUCAUUUGGAAGAAUGGUGCUCAUCCCCAAAGCUCCAGAGAUUUGUAGAAUCGUAGAAUGUAGAAUUUGUUCUGGCCCAACACAUUAUUGUAUAUUCUCGUAUAAUGAUCAGUACUGUUUACUGGCAUGUUCGGGUUUUAUUAGACUUGGAGCUGGACUGUUUUUUUUUUUUUUUAUUAUUUUUUGAGCUGGUGAAGCCAGAGCAAAUGAUUUGCCUAAGUGAGCAAGCUUUUUACCAUUGUCAGCAAUAUUUCUAAUGAUACUAGUUACACUAGAGAAACAGACACAGCCCUCACAGACCAUCUUAGACUAAGAGUCUAUGACAUGAUGUCAUAGUAGGUGGGUUAUUAUAAUAAAUCCAUAUUAAUAAACUGUGUAGCUUAUCUUACACAGACAUCUUUAGCGCUGUAUUUACUGCAGAGUAACUUCAGUAUCCUGACUGGAAACAAGGCACCUUGAUUUGAGUGUGCACUUCAGACUUCAGAUUUCAUUAAAGCAGCAUUUUAGUGAUUUGGUCUGUAAUUAUCACAUUCCUUUGUCUUUCUGGGCCGUGAAUAAAGGCACAGGCCAAAUAACAUUGGAGCAGAUUCACUACUGUGGGAGCUUUGAACCUGAUAAUAAACACUAUUAUUUCAGCAACUGCUCCAGUUUCAGAACACAGUGUUCAGCUCUGUUGUUGUGUUAGGAUCAGUAUCGCUCUCCUUUGGGUUUGUAUUGACUGUGAGUACGCCGUUUACAUGACUGCAUUGUUUUUCAAUUCAGUAAUUACUUUUCACUCACUCAAGUAUUCAGCAGUUUAGCCAGAGUAUAUAAUUCAGUUCUGAAUUAAUUUAUUCCACAUUCCCGAUGUCAAAACACAUCCAAACAUAUGCCUGAUGUCAUUACCUGUAUAUAUUUCACAUGGAUGUGCUUUUAUGUUCCGUUUGAGCGCAGUGUGUGCCUGCGUUUGCAUUCCUAACUGUGCUGAAGUAUUCUUAAAAUGCAGCCGCACUGAAAUACGAUGUUGAAAAAUGUUGAAUUGGAGUAGCACAGCUCUUGCAUUACUCUGUAAAUGCCUUGCUCAUGUCAGGCCUUUGACUAUGAUAAAAGGGUGGCUUGUGUUUGAAGCUACUCGACGGUGUAGGUUGGUGUAUAAUUUGCGUCCCCCUGUGUAGGAUAUUUGCUGCAAUCUUGCUUGUUUCAGGGUUUUUCCUCUCUGCAAUUAGAGCUGCUUUGGAAGAAAAUAAUGGCAUUAUGUGAAACUGAUCCUGUCAUUGGUUUGCAGCUCUAACAAAAGAAACCGGGACGCUGCUGAAACAGUACAUUAUGAAGAAAUAAGAAAGGGAUGCAUAGCAAGGCAAAAAGGCAAAGCAGUCUAAAUGUACAUGCUCCAGUUUAUGUAAUUGCUGGUGCUUACUUUUUUGUGCAAAGUUUUAAAUCAGUUCUAAGCCAGAGUUUGGAUUGUACAUAUUAUUUGAACAGACAGAUUCUCAUAAUAUCUCAUUAUAUCUUUAUAGUCACUGCUACAGUAGGAACAAUAAAUGUGAAAAUUAAAGAAAUAUUUUCAGAACAGCAUGCAGAAUUGUUUUCCCCCUAACUCAGGAACUUCUUGCUCAAAAGAAAUGAAACUCCAUCCCUUGCACCAAACCCAAAACAGCGUUAGCCCUGAGCAGUGACGGAUAUAACUCUUUCAUUUCGAAUCCGUCUGAUGCAAGAAGAUCUGCAUGGUAUUGCAUGAAGCAAGCUAACUUGAUAAGCCAGGCUUAUUUCAAACAAGACAAGCUAAUUUUCCCAAUUUCUGUACGUUGAAGGAAGCUAAUCUUAAAAACCGCUUAGUUACUAUAGCAGCAUAUGCUUUUGGACACAUCUGCUCUGUCAGGCUCAUGUUGAAGCUUAGCUUAGUUUAGGGAUAUAAUUGUUUAAAAAGUAGCCUACGUAUUACCAGUUCAUACGUCAUUUUUAAUACUUGAAUGUUGAUGAGGUAUAAAAGCCAGAAAAAAGCUAUUAAAAAAAGCUAUAAAAAGUAUACUACAGCAGGAGGUUGCAAACAUUUUGCAGCCAGGACUGCUUUAAAUGUAAAAUAAAUUACACAGACACCUCAGCACUUACAUUUUUGAACAUAAUCCAUCUAUUCUAAUAUUAUGCUCAUUAUUUAAAUGUGUGAAAUAAUAUUUUGGGUAUUUACUGAAGCUAUAGAUUAUUCAUUCCUGAAAUUUUCCACUUAGACUCCUAAUGGUGGUUCGGAUUAAACCCAUUCAAUUCAAGUGACCAGUCAAAUACUACUGACUCCUCUCCAACAGGGAUUUAGCUGGAUAUUAUUUUUCAGCUCUGCCCUAUUUGCACUAGCAGGAGGAGGAUUUUGAUGGAGAUUACAGAGCGCUGUGCUGAAAUGAAAAUAACUGUUAAGUAGUCAAAAAUAAAUAUAACAACUCUGCAUGUUGGGUUGUGAUUUCCACCACUGUGGUAAAGUAAUUUCCCAGACCCCGUGUCUGUGCUUCACGGACCGUACAUUGACAACCACUGUCCUGUGAUGAAGGUUGUUACAUUAUCAAACACGUCUGUUUGUUAAUAAUUCAGUGGAUGAGGGAGUGUAUAACCAAGAGUCUAGUGGCAGAGCAUUCAGGCUGCCAAGAUCAUCUGGAACAGGAUCAUCCUCUACCGUGUAUGAGUUGCAUUAAAUCCACCUCUGAAGGUGAUGGGCAGCAUUCAUUCCACUAAGGUUCCCAAACCUGCUCCUGGAGUACCCCACGUCCUGCACAUUUUAGUGUUUUUCCUGCUCUGACACACUGACUUCAAUUCAGGAAGGGCUGUUAGCUGUAUCAAGUGUGUUGGGAGCAGGGUGCAGCGAAAACACUAAAAUGUGUACGACCAAGAUUGGGAACCUGUGCACUAUGAGAUGGGGAUUUCAGUUACCACUGUUUUAUUCAGCCAUGUUAUUUACAUUUCCCUUAUGUAAGUGCUAUACACGUAUCGAACACAGUACAGCAUAACUGUAAACUGCGUACUGUGUCGUUUUGUGCUAUCUCACCACUGGCACAUUUCUUUACAGUUUUGCAGAUGCAGAGUGGAUGUAGACUGCCAUUUCAGCGGUCUUUUAAGAUUACUACUUGUCACGCUGUAUGAGAUGAGCCCAAAGAACUCUUGGCCGAAUCCUAUGACAGACUGUACAGACCUAUAACGUGUUCUCCAUAUCACAUUAUACGAUUAAGAUCCUCUAACGAUAGAGCUGCGAUUAAAGAGAACGACUGUGUGUGUGUGUCAUCAGUCACCAUGAUCCAGGCUUGUACACAAAGUGGGCUUGCAUAAACCAGCAUUCUUCAAAGAGACCUUGAGGUAGUAAGUUUUUUUUUUUUGGCCAUUAUUAUGGUUGAUUUACUUUUCACUAGUGCCACUACCGUAUUUGUAACAGUCCCGUGAGUUUGAUGUCAUCCUGUAACGUCCUUCUGUUGGUAGCUUUUUAUACGAGCAGCAUAGCCUCAUUUACACUGUGAGAUUUUAAUAAAAUAGUUGGAACACUUCCAGAACUUCGUUGUUAGCUGUCUUUCACUGCGAUGGCAUGUAAUCAGCUGGCAAUGAGCAUGUCAUAUUAGUGUUCUAAGACCAUUACAUUUUUUAAAAUUAAAAAAAAAAUUUUUUUUUUUAAACGAUAUGGGUUUUUUUGUCUGCAAAAUCUAAGCAUAAAUUGUACUGCAUAAAUCCAGCUUUAUUAAGGCAACUGUGUGUCGUGAAGUUUAGAUGAUUUACCUUGCACUCCAGAUGUGUCCUUAAUGACUUUUCCUGCAGUCUCCUUUUGGGUGCUAAAAUAUGGAAUGCAGUUGGUUUCUGUAUUUUUCUGCAUUUUCAGUAGAUUUGCACUUACUGAAAUAUACUGUGUAUUUGUAUUUAACAUGGACCUGUGUGUCUUUCCACACUGCUGUUGUGUCUAAAUCCAUACCAUCAACGGAAUAAGCGAACACUCGUUAGAUAAUAGCAUCUUAAUUUGAUCUAAUUACAACUUAUUUCUCUCUGUGUGACUUGGCCUGCUUAAAUGCCAAACGAAUUUGAACAUAUAUAUUAUCUGUAUUGUAUUAGAUAUUUUCUUGUGCAUUCUGCCAGACAGCGUCUAGAGUUUUAUUAAUACUCAAUUGGUUUUCUUUUUUGUAUUUCUUUGCAGAUGGAACAGGGAUUAAAAAAAGCCCUUUCUAUGCUGCCUGUAACUGAUAUUUUUCUGUUUCCUGUAUAUAUAUAUAUAUAUAUAUAUAUGUUGUGUACACGUGCGUGAGACACUGUUAUUACAGGCAGACUAAAAUUAACGGCGGGAACACACUGAACAUGGACCCACCUGUCUGACUAGUUUAAGUGAGGCUCUUUGCAGUAAGCCUGGAUAUUACUAGCUCCCUUCCUGAACGUACCUUGCGUGGUGAGCAUGAUGGAGGGGGGAUGGGAUGCUGGAAGGACCUUGUUCAUGAUGGAGGCACAUUUGAGCAGGUGGUGCUCUUUUGGGCAGGGAGGGGCCAUGAAGGAGAAAGCAGAAAGCAGCCAGGCGAGAAUGAGCACUAAAGAGCCCCUCCCUAAUCCACACUUAAUCUCCGUAAUGAUUCCACAAAUGUCAGGCGAAACCGAGGCGCAGGGUUUUGAGGGGAGAUUGGAGGAGUCUGUGUUCCAGACACCUCCCUCUUCUGGAGAGAGAGGGGCAAUGAGGAGUGGGCAAGAGGGCAGAUAAAAUUGUAGACUUGAUGUAGAGGGUGGGUGUGUGCUGUCUGCUUUAUUAAGUAUAACAUAUUUUAGGUGUUUUUAUAUCGCCUUAUAGAAACAUCAAGCGUCAUAGAUGUUCAUAUCUGAUUGUGAGUCUCUUGGACAAUUCACUGAUUUUGCACAUUUUCUGAAAUAUCUGUUUACUUCCCUGUGUAACAUGCUGCAGCCGCUCAUUAUGCAUUCUUGUCACAUUGAUACUUCUACUCUCAUAUUUGUGUUAUAUGUAUCUAGCUCCUGUGUGUAACACUCGCUGCUGGACAUUAAGUCUUUUAAUUUCUCGAUAAAGGAUUAAACAAGCUUAUCUCGUCUAAUCAUUAUCUUAGUCUGUAAUCGUGAAAAGGUGCAUGUUUUAUGAACAAUAUAUGCUCACAAGUAUAUCAAAAAAGACUUUUUCAUGUGAGAAAAUCUGAAAAAUGAAACCAUGUGCAAAGAAAUGAAGAUGAAAAAACAAUGACAUGUGGCAGUGUGUGAAACAUAACGUGACGUGUGUAAAAAAACAAACAAACGUGAAGUUGUGACUCUUCUGGAAGAGUACACAGCAUAAGUGAUUAUUUUGAGCUUUUCAAAGGCCUUGUCUUGUCCUCGACAGUAAGACUUCAGGUGAGCCUGGUUGCCUUCAAAACCUUUUGAUUGACAGGGACACUGAUAAACCCCGCCCCGCUCACGCGCCGGAUGGCUGUGCAUCCCGGAGCGGAUCACGUGCUCCUCUUACUGUUUUGUCUGCAUUGCUUUCAGAUUACGUUUUGCACACUUUCCACCUGAAUGGCAAACCUUUAGCAGGAAUAUUUUUUUUUCACGUGCUGCACCUUUAUUUAAAUCCCCAGCACUGUGUUUAGUCGCGUUUAUCUAUCUGUAUCUCAUUCCGUUUCCCCCCCCUCAUGAAACACUCUAAAUCAGAGACGUGUGGAGGGUUUAUGCCGUCUACUCAAUGUCUAAUUAACAUCUGAAGCGCUGUUCAUUUUAAACCGGUGAUGCAAGCUGCAUGCAACACCACAAUGCGCUGCGGUGAGCGCGCGCUCCAGAUCCAGUCCGGCUUUUGCUUUCACUCCUGCUGUUACAGGAGGAUCCGCGUCUCUCAGAGCGCUCGCUGGCAGAAGAGGAGACGGAUCUACAGCUGCAUCCGUCUCGCCUUUCCAGCAGCCUCAUUCUGCAGCGUGUGAAGUGUGACUCUGGACGUGUGUUUCAUGAAUGUGAAUAACACUGAGGACGCGGCGGUGAAAACAAAAGCGUGCGAGCGAGCGGCGCGGCGGGGGGGACGCGCGCGCACAAUAGGCAGCAACCCUCUCUUGACCGGGACGCACGGUUCGAGGUAAUAUUUACUCUCAAGAUGGACAGCGUCGCUGCGGGAUACGAAACCGGAGCUUUCAUCAGAGCGCGCACUUUCUCUUAGACCCGGGACAUUUCUGAGAACCGAUGGAGUUUAGGACGUUCUUCUUUUGGAUCGUUAACCGUUGAUGUCUUGUAGAGCUGUUACUGUAAAUGACCAUCACUCCAGAGUGUUAAACGUCCGGUACUCGACUGCAUUUUAGGUUUUGCUGACACAAAUUCACCUGGACUUUAUUCGCGCUAUUAUUAUUAUUAUUAUUAUUAUUAUUAGGGGUCCAAGCACAGAAGGUGCGUUAACCCUACUGUAUUAUUAUUAUUAUUAUUAUUAUUAUUAGUGGUGCUCUGAAUUAUUGGUAUGACCUGUGAUCAUGUUCGUCCCUCUUCAGUGAUGCCGUGUUAACCCUGCCUGCGUUGGUGUAUUUAUUUAUUUUUUUAUGACUUUCGUGUCUAAAGAAUGUAUCUGCUUGAUGGAAAUUGUGUGGAGAGAAUGGAUCGGGGCACACCACAAAGGAAAACUGUUUAUCGGAUCUCUCUUACCUUAGUGAAAAGAGAGAGCUUGCAAGAAGGUGGCGGUGCUGCUCCGGUGCACCGACGGCUGGAGAACCCCAAGGUGAGUGCAUAUCGGCGGGAAGGCUCAGUAGAACUCCAGCGCAGUUGUCUCCUGGAACAGGUCAAAGAAGUGGAGGAUGAGACAGACGAAUUGUCUUCGCAGGCAUACAGGAACUUCAGAACAUUUAGCACUGGGCAGCUGGAACUUGGUAGGUCGAAAAUCUCCCGAAAGGCGCUUAGUUUGCGGAAAGAUAACUCAAUGGAAUCAAAUGAAAUGUGCACCAGGACCUCACCAGAGGAUGCUCGCAAUACUGAACGGAAGGAAAAUGGUGCUCAGCUGCAUGAAUAUAAUGUGCAUGUGAAGGCAGUGAAUGAGAAUAAUGGAAUUAAAGAUGUUGAGACUGAGGUAAGCUGCAGGGAAAAUGUGGGUGAUAAAAUUAACACAAUCCUCCAGACAUCCAGGAGUGCUGAAGAGCAGGUCAGCGGAAGUGGUGCUGAGGAUCAGGCAUCUGAAGAGAGUUGCGAUCUUCCCAAGGACAACAGCCUUGCUUCUUUACUUGCCAAAGAGAACGGAAGUGCUGCAAAGCAGACGCCCCAGACCCCAGCAGUCAAGAGGCACCCGAGCUUGCUGCGUCGGAGUUUCAGCUUUCGCCACUGGGCAGGAGGGGAGCUGCUGCGGCUCCGAGCCCUCUCUAAAGAGAAGCAUCACAGCAGCUCAGGCUGCAUUGGGCGUGAUGAGGCCCAGACUCAGUCCUCUGUGGUCCUGCAGAACCCAGCUGUUGAGGAGUCUGAGAUGGGCAGCACUCUAGAUGCAGACGAGGUCCUUGUCCAGGUGGACUCCUUGCAAGAGCCCAGUCGCAGGGACCGUGCCAAGGGCAAAAACCGCACACUGGACAACAGUGAUCUACUCAGGCUUUCUGAGAAACCCCUGGUGGAGAAAGAGGGCUUUCUCAGAGCAGCUGGCCUUCGCUCCAGUGGCCAGGAGCGCAGGCUUCUUCGCUUCUUCAGCGGGAUCUUCUUAAAGAAGGACAGUACCUCCACGCCAGUGAGCAGCCCCAGCAGUCGUUCUCUCCGCAAGAAUGGCCUGAUGAGCUCCCAGAGGAAGACCAUCAAGGGCUACUCACAGUCCAGCACUGAGAGUGUGAACGGCUUCCUGCGGGACGAUGCCUUUGUGAACAGCCAGGAAUGGACCCUGAGUCGCUCAGUACCAGACCUCAAAGUGGGUAUUGUGGGGAACUUGGCCAGUGGGAAGUCUGCUCUGGUGCACAGGUAUCUGACGGGGACGUAUGUUCAGGAAGAGAGCCCAGAAGCUGACGUGGAUGCAGGCGGACGCUUCAAAAAGGAGAUAGUAGUGGACGGCCAGAGCUAUCUCCUCCUUAUCAGGGAUGAAGGGGGCCCUCCAGAGGCUCAGUUUGCGUUGUGGGUGGAUGCAGUGAUAUUUGUCUUUAGUCUAGAGGAUGAGAUCAGCUUUCAGACCGUGUAUCACUACUACAGCCGCAUGGCAAACUACCGCAACACUGCUGACGUGCCCCUGGUGCUAGUGGGAACUCAGGAUGCUAUAAGUGCAGCUAACCCUCGUGUUAUCGAUGACGCUCGAGCGCGCAAGCUCUCCAACGACCUGAAGAGAUGCACAUACUACGAAACCUGUGCCACCUACGGCCUUAACGUGGAGCGCGUCUUUCAGGACGUGGCGCAGAAAAUUGUUGCAAAUCGGAAGAAGCAGCAACUAUCGAUCGGGCCUUGCAAGUCCCUCCCCAAUUCUCCCAGCCAUUCCUCGGUGUGUGCAGCACCCGUCACAGCAGUACACAUAGCUCAGACCAGUAAUGGAGGAGGCAGUCUGAGCGAUUACUCCUCCUCUGUACCCUCCACUCCCAGCACAAGCCAGAAGGAGCUACGCAUCGACGUGCCUCAGACGGCCAACACGCCGACGCCAGUCCGUAAGCAGUCCAAGCGUCGCUCCAACCUGUUCACGUCUCGCAAGGCAAGUGAACCAGACAAGGAGAAGAAAGGACUGGAGGGCCGAGCGGACAGUAUCGGAAGCGGCCGUGCAAUCCCAAUUAAGCAGGGAAUGCUCAUGAAGAGGAGUGGCAAGUCACUAAACAAGGAGUGGAAGAAGAAAUAUGUCACCCUCUGCGACAAUGGAGUCCUGACCUACCACCCCAGCUUGCAUGACUACAUGCAGAAUGUACACGGGAAAGAGAUCGACCUGCUGCGCACUACAGUCAAGGUCCCAGGGAAAAGACCCCCGAGGGCCAUCUCUACCUGCGCAGCCUCCGGCCCCAAAACUAACGGUCUUGCCAAGGACAUGAGCAACUUGCAGCUAGCACAGGCUCCAGGCUCUGUGAGCAGUAGCUCUUCAGCAUCUCAGAUGGCGAGUGGCAUCAGUCUGGUAUCCUUUAACAGCCGGCCGGAUGGCAUGCAUCAGCGCUCGUACUCUGUGUCCAGCGCCGACCAGUGGAGUGACGCCACCGUCAUCGCCAACUCAGGGGUCAGCACAGAUACUGGUCUGGGAGACUCGGUUUGCUCCAGUCCUAGUAUAUCCAGCACUACCAGUCCUAAGAUGGACCCUCCUCCAUCACCACACGCCAACCGCAAGAAACACCGCCGGAAGAAGAGCACCAGCAAUUUCAAAGCUGAUGUCUUCUCCGGUACAGCGGAAGAGCAAGAGGAGAAUUUUGAGUUCAUCAUUGUGUCACUGACGGGCCAGACGUGGCACUUUGAAGCAACUUCAUAUGAGGAGCGUGAUGCCUGGGUGCAGGCCAUCGAGAGCCAGAUCCUGGCCAGCCUGCAGUCAUGUGAGAGCAGCAAGCAGAAGUCGCGUCUGACCAGCCAGUCUGAAGCAAUUGCACUGCAGUCAAUCAGGAAUAUGAGAGGAAACUCUCGCUGCGCAGACUGCGAGGCCCAAAACCCUGACUGGGCCAGCCUGAACCUCGGAGCUCUCAUCUGUAUCGAGUGUUCCGGUAUCCACCGGAACCUCGGCACUCACCUGUCACGCGUGCGCUCUCUCGACCUGGACGAGUGGCCUCUCGAGCUCAUCAAGGUCAUGUCUGCCAUCGGCAAUGACCUGGCCAAUACUGUGUGGGAGGCCAACGCACAGGGCCGACUAAAGCUUGCACCUGACGCCAGCAGGGAGGAGCGUGAACGUUGGAUCCGGGCCAAGUACGAGCAGAAGCUAUUUGUGGCAUCUCUGCCGUGUGUGGAGCUGACUCUAGGCCAACAGCUGCUGCGUGCUACUGCUGAAGAGGACCUGCGCUUAGUGGUGCUGCUGCUUGCACACGGCUCGCGAGAUGAGGUGAACGAGACGUGCGGUGAGGGGGAUGGCCGCACUGCGCUGCAUCUGGCCUGCCGCAAGGGCAGUGUGGUGAUCACGCAGCUCCUCAUCUGGUACGGGGUAGACAUCAUGGCGCGUGAUGCCCACGGCAACACAGCACUGGCAUAUGCACGCCAAGCCAACAGUCAGGAGUGUGUGGAUGUGUUGCUGCAGUACGGCUGCCCGGACGAGCGCUACCCACUCAUGGCCACGCCCAACCUCUCACGCAGAAACAACAACCGCAACAACAGCUGCAGCAGCACGGGCAGCACGGCCCUUAUCUGACACACACAUACAACAUACUCAGAAAUAAACUCUCACAUACACCGCCAUUUGCAUACAUGCACACUCACCCUUACACUAGCACAGACACACACAGCUCUUCCUCCUCUUUGCUACACACAGAUUUAGAAUCAUGACAGAAGUACAAACUACACUUACGAGAACGACUGACCAUGAUGAUGAAGAUAAAACACUAACAGAACCACUGAGUUUGCACUCGCACUGCCUCGCACCACCACUAGCUUGUCUUGAGGGAGUUACUCCUCCCAUUCUACCUGCCUAGCCAAUCAUACAGUAACUCCUAGGUCAGGUGACCUGUGUUGGGAGAAUGCACCGUCCCCGGGCUUCUGGCUGUUGGCAGCAACGUGAUGGCCGAAUAAACUGUUUGGACCUGCUGCUGCCGCUGUCCAUAAGUGCUGCAAGAUGCAUGAGUGGAGAUGAAGAAGGUGAGGCCAAACCAGGAGCUCAGUGAAUGGCAGGCGUAACGUCCAUUUAGACUUCUCAUAGCAGCUCGGUCCUCAUGUCCUCUUUCUGUGUGGCUUCUUGCGUGACUGAAAUGGGCAGGAAGUGACGCUGGAUCAGUCCCAGAGAUCCUAGAGAACUUCAGCAGUGCUUUCGUGCUUGGUGCUUUUGAAUGCACAUGUUCCAUGUCCUUACCUACUUUUGCCGUCUGCCACUCUUUCAGCCAAAUGUUUAGUAAAAUUGUGUGAAUUUCUGCCCUUUUGUACAGUUUCUUUUCUUCUUUUAUAAGUAAUGUGAAAAGACAAUGUUUCAAAAACCUUUUCGGAAAACAUCCAAAUAUCACAAGGGUGAUAAAACAUGAAGAGGCUUGUUAUAAACUUUUUUUUUUUUUUUUUUUUUUUAAUUUUGAUUGUGAGUGAGUUGUAUGGAGUUAAUUGGGCAUUUGUGGACCACAUGAAAAUAUAAACUAUCCGUGUGAAUGGAUCCCACUAGCUUUGUGCUCAUAACUUUUAUUAUUCCAUAGUCUGUUUCACAGAACUAAAGGGAAUUUCCUACCUGAUUAAUAGUUUUUUUUCCCCUUGGCUGCUAGCCAAUUGCAUGCUUCUUUUUCCACUGCAAACGAUCAGGUCUUACUUAGCUGAUGAGUCACGUGAUGACUGACACUCAAGUGACGAGCUUCUGACUCCGUUCUGUGAACUGUUCCUCACAAUCGACCAUGUGUGUCUGUGCACUUGAGGGCGAGAGAUGGCAAAGAGUCUUUCUUAUUCACGUUAGCCAUAUUGAUAAUAUUGAUCAAUACAGACUUGUUUCCAAAUGAAACAGCAUGCAGAGUGGAGCAGGCUCUGACCUCGCAGGCUCAUCGAUAUCAAAUGCGCGGCGUCUGCAUUUUCCCAUGCUUUAUGAUGGAAACAUUAGUAAGGGGAGAGCCUGCAGCCUCAUUUACCUGUUCUUACUCAAUAUUAGGUGCUCAGGAGAUGCAAGAGAACUCUCCUCUAUAUGCUACAUACUUAUUAAUGCCAGAGACUCUUGCGUCUGCGCGUGUGUGUGUGUGUAUGUGUGUGUAUGUGUGUGUAUGUGUGUGUGUGUGUGUGUGUGUGUGUGUGUGUGUGCGUGCGCGUGUGUGCGUGCAUGUGUGUGUGUGCGUGCUCAUGCAUCAAAAUGUCCAUUCCUUACCCACUCAUUACUUGCUGAGGCCUUGGAGUGCAGAGCCCUAUUCGGCUCAAUGAAGAGAUUUCUUCAUUUUCCUGCGCUGUAUCCUUUUCAUCGUUGUGACUCUAUCACUUUGUCUUUUAUAGAAACUCUUUGGUGGAAAACUUGGUGUAAAUGAAGAGAAAAAGGCCUUUUAAUGCUCUAGCCUGACUUCCUUGGGCUUGAUGCCAGGCUAUGUCAAAUGCUCAUGCAAGUGUGUGCGUGUGCGUGUGAGUGAUUUUACUAGUACUUUCUAAUCUUUUUCUCUUUCCUGAGUGUCGUUCUUGAUGUCUUUACUUUCCGUCUCCAAUCGUGUGUUUGUGCUGUACAGGCUCAAGCCCUGACUGACCUGUAUUUAAGCAAUACAAAGCCAGAUGAAAGCCAGGCAACUAUCUGAAGUAAUAAUUUUCCACACCAGUAUUGGCUGCUGUGUGGCUCUGAGAAAUGUAAGACUCUGUUUCAGGUCAUAUGUCAUUACAGAAGUUGUGUUCAGAAACAUGACACCAGAAAGCAUUAGGGUUUGCCAUUGAGUAGGUAACACAAGUCUUUAGUCUGCAACACUAAUCAAGUAAAAAGAUGUUCGACCUGCCAGGGUUGCUUUAUGGGUUUCAGGACAAUGUAGGGACGAGGCCUCGUUUCAGAAACCUCUGUGUCUCUUCUGAAGGGCACUAUGGAUUGAGACGUGGGUCAAAGAGAGUGUACAGAGUUUAUUGAAAGAGCUAAGAUGUAAAGUGUUUGUAUAUAAUGUAGCAGAUCUGUAGAGGUCUCAGCACCAUACACAGUUAUUUAUGACACAGUGAUUUAAAGCAUACACACCCACACCCACACACACACACUGAUUCUAAUAACCAACCCACACUAUUGUGCCCACUUGUCUUUUCUGUGAAAGCCUGACUUUUUGGUUUCUGACCCUUUUUGCAUGCAUGAAUGUAAAUUUCCUCAUAAAUGACUGACAGGUGAUAUUUUACCCUGAUAAUUUUCCUGAUAUUCAUCACCUAAUUUACCUUUUUGUUGCUCUUUUAUCUUUGGGAAGGUAACAUUCAAAUAGUGGUCCAUUUCUCUCAUCAUGUGUCCAUAUGUUAUUGAACUGGGAAAGAAUGAAGGAGUCACACCACCACCCACUCAACCAAUAGCAUAAGAGCAACCAAAGCAGACUCUGCUCCGUUUGCGAGCGGAAUGAGCAAUCGCGGGUUUAUAUGUCCGUUUUAAGCUGCUUACGUGCAUCCGUGAUUUUAGCCCAGUAUCUGCUUGCCGUGUAGCUGUCACUUUCUGUACAUAGCUGUAUAAAAUUGCGAAACAUCAUGUUUUCGCUUUGUUGUUGUUUUUUUUAAUUGUUUUUGUUACCUCAUUUUGUCGACAGUAUCCCUGAUGCGUCCAAACCUGAGAGACCUGAUUAUUUAUGAGCGAAUAUGCUAAUCUAAAAGGGGAGGGGCUCUCACACUACUUUUCUUUUUGUAUUUGUUUUUCUUUUACAGACCAUUGGCAUCACAAUUACGUCAUUACGAUUGAUUGUCUUUGUUGUAUAUCUAAUUAUUAUUAUUAUAUUGAGUUUGUGUCAGCUGUACAGUUCUGUGUUGAAAAAUUAUACCUGAUGCAGAGUCUUAUACUGUAAUGUGUCUCCUUUCAAUAAAGAAAAUUACUUCGUAAUAUAA